AACAACCUUGUUUGACUGGGUUGCAUCGGAAGUUAAGUUUCCUGAUGGUUAUGUUUCAAAUAUGUCAAGAUGUAUUGAACGAGGUCAAAAGUUCUCCGGAAUGAAAAGUCAUGAUUGUCAUGUGUUUAUGCAACGACUGCUUCCAUUUGCUUUUGCCGAGCUCCUUCCAGCAAAUGUCCACGAAGCACUUGCAGCCAUCGGAGCAUUUUUCAGAGAUCUUAGCACACGUACGUUCAAAGAAGAAGUCAUCGAACAACUUCAUCAGAACAUUCCGAUCAUAUUGUGCAACCUGGAGAAGAUAUUUCCUCCUUCAUUUUUUGACGUCAUGGAGCAUCUAGUUGUCCACCUACCGUAUGAAGCAUUGCUUCGUGGACCUGUUCACAACGGAUGGAUGUAUCCGUAUGAGCGACAGAUGAAACAUUUGAAGGGGAAAGCAAGAAAUCUUGCAAAGGUAGAAGGUUCAAUAGUUGCAGGGAGUUUGACAGCCGAAACAUCUAACUUCACAUCAUACUACUUUGCUCCAACUGUUCGUACGAGAAAAAGAGUUCCUAGAAGAUAUGAUGAUGGUGGAGUACCGACAUCAUAUCCAAUUGAUGGUGUUCCUGACAUUUUCUGCGAAAUUGGACGGUUUGGUGGUAAAACGAAAGAAGUAUGGUGGUCAUGUGAAGAAGAUAAACAUAGUGCCCACACUUAUAUUCUGCUCAACUGCGAGGAUGCAAUGACCCGUUACUUUGAAAGGAUGUUUGUAUCUCAAGUUGAAGAAGCAAUACCAGGAAUAUCUGCAACUGAUGUGGAUACACGUAAAGAUAAACACUUUGUCAAGUGGUUAAAAUCACAGGUUGAUUAUGACGAUCCUUAUUAUCCCGUAUGGUUUCAUGAAUUGGUUCAAGGUCCAGUUGCAAAGGUCACCACAUCACCUAUGUAUUUCACACGAGGAUUUACCUUUCACACAUACGAGUAUGGGAGACAUCGGGCAACGAGUAACUACGGAAUAUGUGUGAAAGGUGAAACAGACUUUUACGGGAUAUUGCAGGAGAUUAUUGAAGUGGAAUUUCCGGGGUUAUUGAAGCUAAAAUGCGUGCUCUUCAAAUGUGAAUGGUUCGAUCCUGUUGUGAACCGAGGGAUUCGGUAUAACAAAUUUGGUGUUGUGGAUGUCAAUUUUGGGAGAAGAUACAACAAAUUUGAGCCUUUCAUUUUAGCUUCACAAGCCGAGCAAGUUAGCUUCCUUCCUUAUCCUCGGCUUCGAACUUCCGGGAUAAACUGGGUAACUGCUAUCAAAGUUACACCUCGUGGACGCAUUGUCGUUGGAGAAGAACCGCCCUUGCAAGAAGAAGACGCUAUCACUGAAGUUGAGGUACCAGAACAACCAACUGAUGAAAUCCUUUUGAUCGACCCGCAAAACUUUCAAUAUGAAGAUAUUCCCGAAGAUGCGACAGAUGAAGCACGUGAAGACGAGUUCGAGAGAAGCGACGAUGAUGAUUGUAAUGAUAGUGAUGAGAACGAAAACGAUUUAGAGUGAUGUAAUAUAUGUAUCAAAUGUUGGAUUUCUCUAUUGUAACAUUUUCUAAAAGAAAGAGUAAGAAGUAGUAUGAUAUAAGAUAUGAUGUUAGAUGAUAUGUCACUUUGGGGUUUAGGGAUUUCAUUCUCGGUGUUUAGGGUUAAGCGUCGU